UAAUGCAAGUCUUUGUGCUUUUUAGGGUUUGCUCUCUGUGAUGCAGAAGCUGAAGGGAUCCACAGAGCUGGAGCUCAGGAUAGUUCUGUUGGGUCUGGACAACGCUGGUAAAACCACAUUGCUCAAGUGUCUCGCCUCGGAGGAUGUGAACACCAUCACACCAACACAGGGCUUUAACAUCAAAAGCGUGGCCUCUCACGGGAUGAAACUGAACGUGUGGGACAUCGGAGGACAGAGAAAGAUCCGUCCUUUCUGGAAGAAAUACCUAGAAAACACAGAUUUAUUGGUUUAUGUCAUAGACAGCGCUGACAAGAAGCGAUUUGAGGAAACAGGAUUGGAGUUGUUAGAGCUGACGGAUGAGGAAAACCUUGCAGGCGUUCCCAUCCUCAUCUUUGCAAACAAGCAGGAUCUGGGUACUGCAUCUCCGGCCAGCGAGAUCGCCGAGGGAUUGAACCUGCACACUUACAGAGACCGAGUCUGGCAGAUCCAGGCCUGUUCGGCGGUCACAGGAGAGGGUGUACAGGAUGGUAUGAAUUGGAUUUGUAACAACCUCGUCAAGAAGAAAUGACCCUUUCUGCACAAGCAUAUAACACCACCUGGGCGAUAACCACAUCAUGAUUUACAUGUAAUCAGUACAAUAAGCUCAAAGGGCUCCAAAGGUGUUAACAUUUUCCUUUAAAUCCACUGUUUCUAUGUUUGUUUGUAAAAGAGUAAUUGAUUUAAUUUUUUGAACAUUUGCCUUUAGUGUCAUUAGUUUUAGUAUGCCAUACAUUUCAGAUUUCAUGAUUAGCCUACUGAGAGUAGGCUACGAACUUCAAAAUGGCUAGAAAGCAAUUAGAAAUGGGGUGCAUUCUACAGACAGACGUCUCUCACAAACAGUAACCGCAAUCUAUUUUGUUUGGGUUUGAAGAUAAAUCAUGACUACUGUAUUACACUGUACUUUUGAACUGCCUGUUGAUAAUUAGAGGAUAUUAUCACA